AUCAAACUCGCCCCUCUAACUUUCAUCAUCCCCACCAUCCUCUUCCUCAUCCUCUCCCUCGCCGGCUGUCUCUCCUCAGCACCCACCAUCCCCUCCCUCUACGUCGUCGCCCUGACCUCCUCCUCCAACGGCACGCUUGCGCCCAUGCAAGUUCGCCUCGGCUACUUUGGCAUGUGCGGCGACGACGGCGACACGCGCACCUGCCUGUCCGCCGCCGGCCACUACGACCCGGACGAGCCCCAGGACAUCAUCCACCUCACCGAGCUCUUGUUCCCCCAAGUCAUGAACAACAGCAACGCCCGCGGCGCCAUUCCGGAGCUGCAGAACAUGGUCUUGACAGGGUUGGAUCUGCAGGACCAGAUCUUUGGCAAGGUGCUCCUCACCGGCUCGGCGCUGUUCGCCCUGGGCUUGGUCCUCAUGUUCCCCCUGAAGCUGGUCAAGAAGAAGCUGGCCAAGUUGGCGCCGGGUACUCCGCUCACCAAGAAACAACAGUUUAUCAGACGGGGGUGCUACUCGACUAUUUGGGCGGGGCUCAUGAUUGUUUUUGCCGCUUGUAUUGGGACGACCGAGACGGCGGGCGCGCUGGGGCAUGCGACGGCGCAUAUCAAGGGGUCGAGCAUCCUGAUGAAGGAGGGGGUGACGCUGCAGGUGCUGCAGUGGAUGGCGUUUGGGUUCAUGUUCCUGUUUGUCUUGACCAUGCCGAUUAUGUUGUUCGUCAAGAGGGAGAAUCCCCUGGAUCAGUACAUGAGUGCCGAGGGCAUCAAGGAGAAGGCGUUUGGGUUUGCUAAGGGGUAUGCGAUGGAUAAGGUGAAGAAGCCAAAGAGGGCCAAGUUCUUUGGAAGGCAGAAGUCCCAGCAGGAGGAUAUGGUGUGA